AUGACCAGUGAAAUGGAAUAUGGAAAGAACAUUAGUGCAUCUGUUGAUAAUAAUGAUGACCUUGAAGAGGUUAUGGUGCGCCGUAUGAAAAACCGAGAACGGCAGCGCAGAUACAGAGCUCGGAAGCGUCUUGAAGCUGAUAGGAAGAAGACAGAUGAUAUCCAGCAAUUUCCAUAUCCUGAACCAGUGAAGGCAAUAACCUCCAUGCCUCUGCCCAAAGUGAUCAACCAGGCUGUAUCUGGAAGGAAUACAGAAAAUGCCAUGGUCCCUUUUUCUCCUGCUCUAGUUGAAAUUCCUGUGAAUGGCACUCCUGUCAAUUUUGUGACUCGGGUCCACAGCCAGAGAGAUUGGAAAAGAGACGCAAGAAGGGCACAUCUGAUAAAAGAAAAAGAUGGAAGAGAUAGUAGCCCUAUCAUUCAACUAGCAGCACCAGCUGGUGGUAUUGCUCAAUCUAUUUCCUUUGGCACCAAAAAUCAACCAUCAUACAAUGGGUGUCUCGCAGGCAGUCCUGCCCUGGGGAAUAACCAAGAACAUACAGUUUCCCGCAGCCGAAGAAAUUGGAAAGAGGAGGCACGAAAUAAGAAAAGCUGA